AUGGCCAAGCCCGCGUUGAAAUGCUACGCCAUCGACUUUGAUGACUUGGAUGGACCGCCAAAUGGGCCUAGACCGCCUUCAAAUGGCUUUGAAGCCACGAAAACCUUCAAAUUGCCUCAGGCAAAAUGCGCCAAAGAUGGGGCAAAUGGCUCAAAUUUGAGUGCCAAUGGAUUGUAUAGCUCUUUACCGGCGAAUACGAUGAAAAAUGACGCCAGAAUUAGUAGUAAUGGAGGCUUAAAUAGUAAUUUAAGAGCUGGAGGCAAGUAUAAUAUUGGGUCCAAAAUCGGGGAUAAGCCAAGAAAUGAAGUCAAAUUUGGCUCUGUAUAUGAUCUACAAGGCUCUAUGGACUCUCGGAAGACGAAUUACCCCUUUAAACCGAUGAAUUCGAGGAGCUCCAGCUACUUUAAUAUAGCCCCUACUACAACAUCGAAGCCUCUGUCGCAGCCCUCAAUCUCCCCUUCAACCAGCAACCAGAGCCCUCCUAGCUCACCGGGCUACCUAUUUCAGCCAAUCAAACGGCUUGAGGACGUGAAAACCGACAAAUCCCCUCAGGCAAUUCGGUUUUCCGGCUCGGAUGCCAUUGUGGAUGACGAAAACAACUGGAAACCCCGAUGGAAACGCGAUUUGAAGGUGGACGAACGUGAGAAGACCAUCAAGUCUUUGAAUGGCAAAGACAACACCACUUCUCAACGAACUUUGAGGUCCCUGCUCAACGACGGCUCAAGUGUAAUAUCGAAAAAUGAAAAAAAUGAUGACAAUUCGGGAUUUUCGACGGUAAAUCGGAAAAAUAUGAGUGUUUCGGGCUCCAAAUACGAUAAAAAAGAUGUCCAAAGGCUUGGGUCACUGUAUGACAUGAGAACCGCCAAAUUUUCGCCAUCAAUUUCAUCGACGAAUUCAUCGAUGAAGUCAAGUGUAAUAUCAAAAAAUGUAGAGAAUAGUCCUACAUUUGGCCAGAAAUAUUCUACAGAGGCUAAGGAAAGAUCAACAGGUUCAAAUAUCAGCCAAAACCGACCUACUUCAAUAUAUUCACCAUCAAGUGUAAUAUCCAAAAAUGAUGAGAAAUCCAAAUUUUUUGUUCAAAAAGACGACAACAGGCUUUCUAAUCAUUUUAAAAAUGAUAAUGGACUAUUUAAUCGACCUACUUCGCUAUAUGAACCAUCAAAUUUUUCGAAUUUCGGGGUUUCAUCGACCAAUUCAUCGAUGGAUUUGACGGGAAAAUCAAGUGUAAUAGCGAAGAAUGGAGAGAAUCUGAGUCCAUUUAGUCGAAAUACCGAAGAUCGGAUUGUUAAAGACUCGAAAAUCGACAAUUUUCCAUCAACCAAGCCUAGUGUAAUAUACGAACCUUCAAAUUUGUCGAAUUUCUCGACUCUUCCCGCGAAAUUAUCGAUGAAUCAGCGAGUAAAGGACAAUUUCAACGAUGACUCAGUAAAUUCAAAUCAAGACGAGAUCAAAUUCCCGAAAAUUCAGUCGAUUUUCAACAGUUACCAGUCAAAUGCCCCGAGGGAAAAUAAAGAGGAACCAGUGGGCAAAUUCACCUACAAGCCGUUCACCUCGACCUACAAGCCUCAACUAAUCAAGGACGAUGUUUUCAAGAGCCGCAGCGUCGAGAAAAAAGAGGAUUCCGAAGCGCUGUUCACCCUGCCCAAGCCCUUCACUUUCAACGAUUCGUUGAGCUCGAAUUCAUCGAAGAAAAGUGAAAAAUCAACAUUCAACUAUCAGCCAGUAUCGCUGACAAGCCCUAAGGCCAUUGAGCAUCAAGAUUUACAGAAGCGUCCAAGUUUUGCGGCCAGCUCUUUGAAGGAGGCCACCUCAAUAUUCAACAUGUCGCCGUUGACAUCGCUCACCUCCUAUACCUCAAAAUUCAAGCCCAUUCGAAAGAAUGACUCGUCAAAUAGUGUUGUUGGCAAUGAGGACCCAAAAAAGUUGCGUAGCGAUGAAGAGGAGGGCAAAAAUUUAAUGUCAUCAUCACCUAAAACAAUAUCCGAAAAGUCGCCAAAUGAUCGGCAAAAGCUGAUCGAAGAGUCCACAAACCGUUUGGCUCGUCGCAAAUCGUCCUGUAAAUGUGGAGGCGAUCGGAAAAUCCAUCAACGUUGGCGGAAUGAGAACUGCAAACAUUUGGGAGACCUAAAACAAGGUGAAGAUCGGCCAAAAACCGAGGAAAACGAGGUGAAUGGCAAUGAAAAUGAUCAGAAAUUGACUUCUCAAGAUGAAAAGAGUCUAAAAAAGCCCUUGGCAUCAGAUGUAAAUCAAGUUAGAAGCAAGAAAAUCGAAAAAGAAGAGAGUAUUUUGCCCGGAGUUGAAUUGGAUGUCGACGACGUGGAGGAGGAGCUCAAAAUGCAAGAAGAAUUUGAUGCACAGGAAGAGGAAAGGUACUAG